GUAUUCAUACUUGGCAGGGGACAACAAACCAAUUAGCGCAAAAUGGGUAAUACACAUUCCGGAGUACCCGGACAGGGAGCAGGUCAGGGCGAUAGAGACAAAGACAAGUCAAAAGACCAGAAGAAGAAAUGGGAACCUCCAGUUCCGACUCGAGUUGGGAAGAAGAAGAAGAGGAGGGGACCGGACGCGGCGACGAAAUUGCCUCCUGUGGUGCCAACUACACGCUGUCGACUGAAGCUUCUCAAGAUGGAGCGUAUAAAAGAUUAUCUGCUACUUGAGGAGGAAUUCAUCCAGAAUCAGGAACGCUUACGACCUGAAUCUGCGCGUGAAGAGAAGAAUGAGGAGGAUAGGACGAAGGUAGAUGACCUUCGUGGAAGUCCUAUGGCGGUUGGCACACUUGAGGAGAUUAUUGACGACGACCAUGCGAUUAUCUCGACGUCAUCUGGUCCUGAGUUCUACGUUUCGAUCAUGAGCUUCGUGGAUAAAGAUGCUCUUGAACCCGGUUGCUCCGUUUUGCUUCACCACAAGAACCAGGCUGUGGUUGGUGUGUUAGAGGACGAUACCGAUCCAAUGGUCAGCGUCAUGAAGCUCGAUAAAGCUCCAACGGAGAGUUAUGCGGAUGUCGGUGGCUUAGACCAGCAGAUUCAAGAGAUAAAAGAAUCUGUAGAACUCCCGCUUACUCAUCCAGAGCUGUACGAGGAGAUGGGUAUCAAGCCUCCCAAGGGUGUAAUCCUCUAUGGUGUACCUGGGACGGGCAAGACUCUUCUUGCAAAGGCUGUCGCAAACCAGACAUCCGCAACAUUCUUACGAGUAGUCGGUUCUGAGCUCAUCCAGAAAUACCUCGGGGACGGUCCGAAACUCGUACGGGAGCUUUUCCGCGUUGCUGAGGAGCAUGCACCAAGUAUCGUCUUUAUUGACGAGAUUGACGCCAUCGGGACGAAACGUUACGAAUCGACUUCCGGUGGCGAGCGUGAAAUCCAGCGAACGAUGUUGGAGUUGCUUAAUCAACUUGACGGGUUCGACACACGCGGCGACGUCAAAGUCAUCAUGGCCACCAACAAAAUAUCCUCCCUUGAUCCUGCCCUCAUCCGUCCGGGUCGUAUAGAUAGGAAAAUUGAGUUCCCCUUACCAGACGUAAAGACGAAACGACACAUCUUUAGACUACACACUUCGCGAAUGAGCCUGAAUGAAGAUGUCGACCUAGAAGAAUUCAUUAUGGCGAAAGAUGACUUGUCGGGUGCGGAUAUCAAGGCCGUGUGUACUGAAGCUGGUUUACUUGCAUUGCGGGAACGACGCAUGCGGGUGACGAAGGCAGAUUUCACAACUGCGCGUGAGAGGGUUCUCUACAGAAAGAACGAGGGAGCACCGGAAGGCCUUUAUCUGUAGUUUCCGCCACAUGUAUAUUUCUGCACUGCUCCGUUUCUUUAAUUGC